AUGGGUUCAACUUCAAAUUCUUCCGAAGUCAACGUGGAAUUGCUAACAACUAAUGUUGCUGUUCCAAUUCCGGAAAAUGCGGAUGUUCCAAUCCCGAAAAAUGCGGAUGUUCCAAUCUCUCAAACACAAUUUCAAAGAAUUGACCUUGAUUCUUUGGAUUAUGAUCCCGGAACACGCAAACAAAUAUGGGAAUAUCAUGUUAAUCAACGUGAUGAAAUUCGACGGGCUUACAUUAAAAAAGGUCCACACCAACCUCCUCUAGAGACAUUCAAAAAAAGUGGAAAGCAGAAUCGUAGCUUUCAAGCUUCUUGGUAUAGAAAUAAUUCAAAAUGGCUUGAAUAUUCUCCUACAACAGAUGCAGCUUAUUGUCUACCCUGCUUUGUCUUUCAUAAUCCAAAUGUGGUUGUGGGACAAAAUACAUUUAUUGUUGGUGGAUUUAGAAAUUGGAAAAAGGUUGGGGGCAAAGAUUGUUCUUUUCAAGUUCAUAUAGGAAAAGAUCCUAACUCAGCUCAUAGAGUUGCUGAGCAAAUGUGUAAGGAUUUGAUGAACCAAUCGCAGCAUUUGCAAAGGGUAGUUGAUCAUUUCACUACUGAAAAAAUUGCAAAUAAUCGGUUGCAAUUGAAGGCCACAAUUUUUAUUGUUGCUGAAAUAAUAGAAAAAACUCCAAAAAAUGCAACCUACACAUCACCUAGGAUUCAAAAGGAAAUUCUACAUGUUUUCUUAGCCAAAGUGAAGAAGGCCAUUCGGGAAGAAAUUGGUGAUGCAAAGUUUUGCAUAAUGGUUGAUGAAGCUCGUGAUGAGUCCAUGAAAGAGCAAAUGGCUGUGGUGUUUAGAUAUGUUGAUGCAGAAGACUUUGUGAAAGAACGCUUUUUUGGGCUUAUUCAUGUUGUUGACACUGCAGCUUUGACUCUAAAGAAGGGGAUAUAUUCUUUGUUAUCUCAAUAUUGCUUAGAUAUACAAAAUAUUCGAGGGCAAGGAUAUGAUGGAGCAAGCAACAUGCGAGGUAUGUGGAAUGGAUUACAAGCUUUGAUUUUGAAUGAUUGCCCAUAUGCUUACUAUAUCCAUUGUUUUACACAUCGCUUACAAUUGGCAUUAGUAAAAGCAUCAAGACAAGUUGUUCCCAUUAGUCAUUUUUUUCUUACAUUGCUUUUUCUGAUCAAAAUUGUUAGUGCUUCAUGCAAGCGCAAUGAGCAAUUGAAAGUUGCCAAUGCUAAUGAAAUAGCACGUUUGAUUGAUCUUGAAGAGCUUGAGACUGGAAGUGGACUUAAUCAAAUUAGCACUUUACAACGACCUGGAGAAACACGUUGGAGUUCACAUUUUAGAUCAGUUUCUAGCUUAUUAAGGAUGUUUAGUUCAACUGUUGAAGUUUUACAAAAUAUAAUUGAUGGUGCAAUUGAUGGAGAAAAUCGAGCAAAAGGAGAGUCAGCUUAUGAAGGUUUAACUUCAUUUGAAUUUGUUUUCAUCUUGCAUCUUGAGUAA